AUGGGCCUGGGUAAGUUAGUGCUCUUCCACCUGCCCUAUCAACCUAAAUUAAGAGGUAAACUGACCCAAGAUCGAAUUACCAGAUUGUUCGGGACUAGCAGGAGAAUUGCAAUUCAGGACACACAGACUGUAGCAAGCUACAGGAAAGCAAUCUCCCGGGCAGGCCUGCAGCACCUGACUCCUGCUCAUCCCCUCGGUCUUCCUGUGGCAAAUGGUCCAGCGAAGGAGCCCAGAGCAACUCUGGACUGGAGUGAGAACGCUGUGAACGGAGAGCACCUGUGGCUGGAGACCAACGUCUCGGGAGACCUGUGCUACCUGGGCGAGGAGAACUGCCAAGUCCGAUUUGCAAAAUCUGCCCUCAGGAGGAAGUGUGCAGUCUGUAAAAUCGUGGUCCACACCGCCUGCAUCGAACAGCUAGAAAAGAUUAAUUUCAGAUGUAAACCAACAUUUCGAGAAGGGGGCUCCAGAUCACCAAGAGAAAAUUUUGUGCGUCAUCACUGGGUGCACAGGCGUCGGCAGGAGGGGAAGUGUAAGCAGUGUGGUAAGGGCUUUCAGCAGAAAUUCUCCUUCCACAGUAAAGAGAUUGUGGCUAUCAGCUGUUCCUGGUGCAAGCAGGCGUUUCACAAUAAGGUGACCUGCUUUAUGCUGCAUCAGAUUGAGGAACCCUGCUCCCUGGGAGCUCAUGCUGCUGUUAUUGUCCCGCCCACCUGGAUCAUUAAGGUGAAGAAACCUCAGAACUCGCUGAAGGCUUCCAAUCGUAAGAAGAAGAGAACGAGCUUUAAAAGAAAAGCCAGUAAAAGGGGAACUGAACCGGAAAACAAAGGUCGUCCUUUUGUGAUAAAACCUAUCUCUUCUCCUCUCAUGAAACCCUUGCUUGUGUUUGUGAACCCCAAGAGUGGAGGCAACCAGGGAACCAAAGUCCUGCAGAUGUUCAUGUGGUACCUGAAUCCACGGCAAGUCUUUGAUCUUUCUCAGGAAGGGCCGAAAGAUGCGCUUGAGUUGUAUAGGAAAGUACCAAAUCUGCGAAUUCUGGCCUGUGGUGGGGAUGGAACGGUGGGCUGGAUCCUUUCUAUUCUGGAUGAACUGCAGCUGAGCCCUCAGCCUCCGGUUGGAGUCCUUCCUCUGGGGACUGGGAAUGACCUGGCUCGGACCCUCAACUGGGGAGGGGGCUACACUGAUGAACCUGUUUCCAAAAUCCUCUGUCAAGUAGAAGAUGGGACAAUUGUACAGCUAGAUCGCUGGAACCUCCAUGUGGAAAGAAACCCAGACUUGCCUCCAGAAGAGCUUGAAGAUGGCGUGUGUAAGCUUCCUCUGAAUGUUUUCAAUAAUUACUUCAGCCUUGGAUUUGAUGCCCACGUCACACUGGAGUUCCAUGAAUCCCGAGAGGCAAAUCCAGAGAAAUUCAACAGUCGUUUUCGAAAUAAAAUGUUCUAUGCAGGGGCAGCAUUUUCUGAUUUCCUACAGAGAAGCUCUAGAGAUCUAUCCAAACACGUUAAAGUUGUUUGUGAUGGAACAGAUCUCACCCCAAAGAUUCAGGAACUGAAGUUCCAGUGUAUAGUAUUUUUAAAUAUACCCAGAUAUUGUGCUGGCACAAUGCCCUGGGGGAACCCAGGGGAUCACCAUGAUUUUGAACCUCAGCGUCAUGACGAUGGCUAUAUUGAAGUUAUUGGAUUCACCAUGGCCUCUUUGGCUGCCCUGCAAGUCGGGGGCCACGGGGAAAGGCUGCACCAGUGCCGGGAGGUCAUGCUGCUGACGUACAAAUCCAUCCCCAUGCAAGUGGAUGGGGAGCCCUGCAGGCUGGCCCCCGCCAUGAUUCGGAUCUCCUUGAGGAAUCAGGCCAACAUGGUGCAGAAGAGCAAGAGGAGGACGUCCAUGCCUUUACUCAAUGAUCUCCAUCAGGUGCAAGCUGCGGACCUGCGGAGAGUGUCUGCCCCCCCUGGCUCCUUCACCAUUCCCCAGUCUAUCCCAGACCGCCUGAGGAUCCGCGUGAACAAAAUCAGUUUGCAAGACUAUGAAGGGUUCCACUAUGACAAAGAGAAACUCCGGGAAGCUUCCAUUCCCCUGGGUAUUCUCGUUGUGCGUGGAGACUGUGACUUGGAGACUUGCCGUAUGUACAUAGAUCGCCUGCAGGAGGACCUGCAAUCAGUUUCUUCUGGCUCCCACAGAGUUCAUUACCAGGACCAAGAAACCUCCUUCCCCAGGGCACUCUCAGCUCAGAGACUCUCCCCACGGUGGUGCUUUCUAGAUGCAACUUCUGCUGAUCGCUUUUAUCGAAUAGACAGAUCUCAGGAACAUUUGCACUUUGUGAUGGAGAUUUCUCAAGAUGAGGUUUUUAUUCUGGACCCAGACAUGGCCUUGUCACAGCAGGCUGGGACACCGCCAGGAUUGCCUGACCUGGUGGUGGAGCAAGCCUCAGGGAUGUCAGACUGGUGGAAUCCUUCGCUACGGAGACGCAUGCUGAGUGACAGCGGUCUGGGAAUGAUAACUCCGCGUUUCGAGGACUCCGAUAUGAAAGAUCUCAGCCACUCCCAUGCUCUACAGUCUCCAGUCUCUUCAGAAGAUCACGCAAUUUUGCAGGCAGUAAUAACUGGUGAUCUUAUGAAGCUAAUAGAAAGCUAUAAAAAUGGAGGCAGUCUGCUAAUUCAGGGACCAGACCACUGUUCACUCCUUCACCACGCAGCUAAAACCGGCAACGGGGAAAUUGUGAAAUAUAUCCUUGAUCACGGACCUUCCGAGUUAUUGGACAUGGCAGACAGCGAAACGGGUGAGACUGCACUGCACAAGGCUGCCUGCCAGCGGAACCGGGCCGUGUGCCAGCUUCUGGUGGACGCGGGAGCAUCUCUGAGAAAGACGGACUCCAAGGGUAAGACACCUCAAGACAGAGCUCAGCAGGCUGGGGACCCUGAUUUGGCUGCUUACCUAGAAAGCCGUCAGAACUAUAAGAUCAUUGGUCAUGAGGACCUGGAAACUACUGUUUGACCCUGGUAGACGGGCAAAGAGAACCUGAGUGAGCAUAUCACCUGGGCCCUCCCGGCGAUCGGGCAGCUCCCCUGGAAGAAGCUGAUGGAAUCCAUAAAUCUGUCUCUCUCCUGCAAGCAUCUGAGGCCAUGCCACCAGUUUUUAAGGGCUACCGUGAUGUACAACAGAAUGGAAUAGCCCACAGAGGACGAGGCAGGAUACCUGGAGAUUGGUGGAAAAUGAGUUCCACAAAAUUUGAUCUUUAUUGCUUCCAGCAAGUAGCAUGAACUUCUGUGUUCACCUGUAUCAUUUAUUUUAAAGAUUCAAAGGAUGUUCCUAUAAAUGGCACUGCUCCCUUCUCCCCUAUGCAUUCACCUUCCCCUGUACCGCACCAUUCUGCCUGUAACCACCCAGAAAAAAUUCGAUGCAGCCUGUUCGCUUUACAUUCAGUCUUUGAAGACCACAAGACUGUCUGAAGGUCUUUUGAAACCCUCUGGUUGUCCUGCAGAAAUGUAACUGUAAAACUGCUUCCAUUUCCAAGACUAAAUAUACCAGGAUGACUUAGUGACAUUUUUUGCAUGUCACCCCUCCCUGCUCAUUUCUUUUUCAUCAUCUGGGAGCUGGGAGUUGCCACAUGGAUAAUGUCAACUUGUGCAUUGUAUCUCUGAGGCAUGGUGAGGUGGCAUGGGAGUCUCCUGUUCUCAGCGGGACCUCAGAGAGGUAACCCAGGGGUUGGCCCCAUGUGCGGGCCUGUUACUGAUGGCCACAAAGGCCAGGUUCAGCUUGGGCUGUUUGGACAGCUCCGUACUGCCCAGGUGUAGCCAUCUUUGCCUUUUGCUGCAAUAGAGGUGAGCAAUGGACUAAGCCAAGGCCCGUAGCUAGUCUGCAGAAGCACUUAACUUUAAGUGCUGUUUCAACUGCAGAGCAGAAAAACCACGUGUGGGAACUGUGGCUACAGGAAAUGGAGCUCGGUGCCAGUGUUCACUUCUAGGCUUUUUUGAGUGAUAAUGGAAAGCAGGCUAAUGGACUUGAAAUAAAACAGCAGAAGCAAAAGUAGCAACAUAUGUCAAAAUAACUCAUUUAAGUAAGAAAACAGUCACUGAAACUUUGCACAGAGGCUAAUAAGUACAGACUCUUGGGUACAGUGGUGAGAGGGGCCCAUUUAGGUUUUCCUUCUAAGUUUCUGGUUUUCAUUACCCCAAGCUCGCCCUAUGCCAAGGACAAAGCCUUGCUGUGUGAAUUUCACUGCCAGAUUUCCAGGAGGCGUGGCCCUUUCUGAUGGAUGCCUCCACCUACUCCUGGUCAGCUCCCAAGGUCAUGCCUGAUAGCACUAUAGCCCCAUUUUACAUGUACGGGGUAAUCUAUUAGUUUCUCUAUUUUCUUCUGCUAGAAAAUUCUAAGUACAAACCUCUGUGGGAGCGCAGCCAGGACUAUUUCUCUGGCAGUGGAAUUGCAGCUUCUAAUCCUGCCACAGAGCAGUUGAAACUUACAGGUACUUCUAUGAGGGACCUUGUGGCAAUGACAAUAUUAGGAGACGAAGACUUCUAAUUUCUGGUGAAAAUGUCUACAUGGCUUGGGUGUAAGUCAGAAAUGAAAGUGGGUGACCGAGGGUUUUGCUUCACUCUUAGACAUAAGCAUCAUGCUGACUAUUUCUGCAUGUGAGCACACGAUUGUUUCUCUGUGUUUCAUGUAAAGGUCCAGCGGCGACGUGCUGCUGAUCUGAAUCACAUUUCGGUCACAUAUCAUUUGGAAAGUACAAAUAUGAUAUACUGUUAAGUCGGAAUAACCUCUCAGUGGAUGGGGCUUAGUCGUUUCGAAAUCCAACGGCUGGCAUUAUUUUCAGCUGUGGGAGGAAGGGUUGGUUGCAAGUAAUCUAUUUCCAUAGAUCAGUCUUAGAAAUGGAACUAUAGUUUGGGUUUUAUGGUGAGGGGAGGAGGAGCUGCAGUAGAUUGUUUCCAGAAGCUGGAAAAAAUUAUGCUCCAGGAGAAUUUAAUCACUGGGCUUCUGCUGGGAGUUUUUCAAUUGGUGGGACUGUCCAGGAGAUGUUGUGAUGACAGAAAUAUAAUCCUUCAAACAGACUGAAAUCUGGCUUCGGAUGGUGCCUUCCAUUCCCUGGAUUGAGCCAAACGCUUGGCCACGCCGUAAGUUACCCAGCUGCCAUUGCUGGGAUGAAGGACUAUUUUCACCAACUACCAUCUCAUAUUUCUCUGUAAUGCCUCAGAGCAGCCCAGAGAAAAUUUAGGGUACAGGUGGCGAGGGGCCAAUUCAAAUAGCUCCAAGUGAAGUAACAAGUCAACCCCGGAAUGAAAAUUGAUGAUGUACUGACUGCUGUAGGAGUCUUGGAACAUUUGGAAAUCGUUCCAAAAAAAAAGUCUUCGAGUCCUACGUUAUUGAUGGAGAACGAUAUAUGACCAAGGCGAAUAUCUCUUUGAGAAAAGCAAACACCCCCCAGGACUUGGGCUUAAAAAGAAAAACAGUAAAAAUGAGCAAAAACAGUUACAUGUUUAAUGGUUUCAAUAUUGCAUCUGCCUCCUGUAGCAUUUUAUUUUUUAAUUGAUCAUCGCAUGGGACAGUCCUGGGCUUUAGGACGAGCGGAGGGCCUAUGCUCCAGGAGUUUCCAGCUUAGCUUAGGCAUAUGGUAUCCCCCUUUAAUGGGCCCUCAGGAAAAACAGAGGCAAAGAGGCUGGCCCUGGUCUGAAAAGCCACAUUUACAAGACAUCAAGCUAUAUGCCUGUAGAAAUAUCAUUUUCUACAAAACCUACUGAAACUACUGCUGAGAGUGGCCAACAUGCAGCUGACAUGAGCUGGGGCCUGCCUGCCUUUGGAUUCCAUGUUUAGAUUAGCCCGAUAGAGGGCUGAGAAAUGGAGAGUUAUUAAAAAGCAACAUGAUCGUCAUUUUUGAAGCCCCAUGUUCCAGUUUUACACAACUAAUAAAAUAGAACCCAGGUGAGCUGCGCUUUGUCCCAGUCAUGGGCGUGACAAAGCACAGAAGCCAAGCAGGAAAUAAGCCCCAUGGCUGGGGAUCUCUCUGAGCGCUCCCCUUACCUCUAUGGAGGCUACCGUAAAUCCGAUGCAAUUCCUGAAACAGAAUGGAGCUGGCAAGCACAGUCGUUGAAAUGAGUGGUGACUGAUGGGAAUCCUCACGACCCCCACGGCUCCCCGUCUUUUCAUAAUCGCUGGCUUUGGGGCUUAGGCAGAUCUGUUUGCCUUGAAAGAUACUCAAAAGGUAGAUAAUUUUCAUUUGGGCCAAGUGACAGUUUCUUGGCUGAAAGGAUUUCUGAAGUUUAUUUACUAGAUUCUCAAAAUAUCCAGGUCAUAGAAAAUGUGGGGCAGCAGUUUUAUUUUUUUCCCAUGCCAACUUUAUUUUAAAAAAACGUAUUUUUUAAGCUGUGAAAGUAGAACCUGCUUUUUAUAAAAGGUUCUAAGACCAUAGAUGAGUGUCACAGGCAAAGCCCAGGGUGUAGUGACUUAUGCCCCACUUUCUGGCGAUCAAAAGUAUUUACCUAAUAAACAUAUAGACAUCGCUGCUUGUAUGUCAUAUCAGUAAUACCCUGUGCAUAUGCCGGCCCACCCCAAACACAUAGAAAUAUAUUUGUACACAUAUAUGUGUCUGUAUACUAUACACACAUAUAUUGCAUAGGUUUAAAAAAGUGAAAACAUUUUAGAAGCAUCCCAAUCAUCUGUAUAUGUACAGUUAUCACUGACGGUCAGAGACAAGGCACCAGAGAAUUUCCAUGUAUUCAUUAUUGUUUCUACUAUGACCAAGCUUAGUUUUAUGCCUGUAUGGACCUUCAGCUGCACAUGGCAUUUUCUGGUGCCUGUGCCAUAUAAUCCACGACCAAGAGGUCUUGCCAUUAUUUUAUGCUGCCUUCCAUGAAGCAGAAAGCCUACCUGAGCCCAGAAACUUAUCUAGGCUAUUGUGGGUCUCAAGUGGAGAGUUCUUUCGAUGUGAUGCCUGCACGCUUCCCAAGCUGAGUUUCAGGACUGAUACUCAGGAGGUUGCCUACUGACACUGGAUUAGGACAAGCUAUUGCCCGGAAAAUGUAGUAACUUGGAUGUGGGCUGGAGUCUGAGUAGCUUGGCUUCCUUUCUGUGGGAGCAGCUAAUGAAAUCACUGGAAUAGCAUGCUAUUUUAUGCAAUUGCACUAUUUCAAAGUAAAAUUGAUCAUUGUGAAAAUGGCUCAUCAUAACCAUCAAGUAAAAGUACCAAUUGCUCUCCUUAAAUGGAUUAUUUUCAUUUUGGAAAAAAAAAAAAGUAGAACAUCCAUUAAAUUAGAGAGUUUUCUAACUGAGCUUAAACAUUUAUUUACUCUAAAAUAGCUUCUGCACAUGUUUUAUAGAACCAUCUCUGAAUCGACUUUUUCAUUCUCCGAAUUCCAUAUUUAGCUGACUGACUGGGAGUCCUAGAGUUUUUUUUCUCUGCUAAGCCAUUCAUUGGCUUUGACGCCAUCAUCCCUUUUCUGGGUCCUGGUCAUCACUCAUCGCUAGUCCUUCCAAUUGUCUGACCAUGGCAAGUCCUGCUCCCAGGCUUUCUGCCUCUACCUUCAUCGAUUUUUUUCCAUGCACAUACCCAAAUCCUCCUCAGCUCAUAAUAGCUCAAAAUGGAUCAAAAUGAAAUCACCCUCUGGGACAAAUAUCCAUUUUUCUUGAAGAACAAAAAAAUAUCCACUGACCUGGAUGAUCUUACAGAAUUCCAAUCAGCCUUAUUCUGAGAAGUAAGCUGCCAGAGAGGUUUAGCAAAUUUCCAUUUUAGUCACACCAGGGAAGUCCACAAUUAUGGCAACUUCUUCCACACUGAAUGAUGUAAAUAAUGUGCCCCCUUGUAGUCACCUGAAUGACUGGAUUAUAUAUGGGUUAUGCCCCUGUGACCAUCUGUGGAUUCUAGGCUGUCUCCCCAUAGUGUAAUGAAAAUCCUGAAAAUAGGAUUCUAAGCAAGGAGUUGUACCCUUGGACCACCUGCUCUCCCAGGAUACUGGGAGUCACUGAAUUGGUCCCAAAAAGAAGCAGAAAAAAAAGAAUUUAAGGCUGUUGAAACAUUACUUAUUUUUUCUCUUUUUUUCCAUCACCAGUAAUCCUCACCUCCUCUUCAACCUCCAGUCCUUCCUGCAAUUACCACACUGUUGUUCGUGUCCAUGAAUUCUCUCCCUUUUUUCUUCUUUUUUGCUCAAUCCCUUCACCAACUUCCCCCACCAGAGCUGUCCACCUGCACUCUGUCUAUGAGUCUGUCUCUAUUUUGCUUGUUUAAUCAUGUUUGUGAACCAAUCGUACAUUUGUGCAUUUAAUCAUUUAUUUUAAAUAUAUAUUUAUCACAUACUCUGAUGCAGGCUUGGACCUAAGAAUGAAUACAAGAAACAAAACUCCAUACUAAGGAUCUAAAAAUGAAUGCGAGAAACAAAUUCCACUGGGCGGAAAGCCCCAGGGUCCUUGGGGAGCAUGCGCUGGGGGCUCAAUCAAGGCUUUAUUGUGCUGGUCACUCUUUAACCAGCAAUGUGUUACUUCUAUGAAAUAUGAAAUUAGAAUAGUAAUAUGCAAGAGAAUGAUAUUUUGCAUUUUUUUCCUUGGAGUCUUGGUACUGUUCUUAAAAUUGUAUUUGAAACCAAGACUUUAGGAUGAAACUUAGAAACACUACUAAAAUGAGAGCUAACACUCAUGUAUCUUAUAUCUCAAGGACAUCAUUAGAAACAAUAGGAAAACAAUACAGUAGGUUUGGAUUAAAUAUAAAGAAGAUGAAGUAUAAAUAUUGUCAAAGAGUGGAGUGAGCAUCCUUACAGAGUUAUGGACUUUCGGCAAGUGGGGAUAUUUAAACUGGACACAUGACCACCUUGAGGGAUCUAGGGACCUGGGAUCUGAGGGAGCUGGAAUUAGAUUCUGUGAGUUUUUCUUUUAAAAUAACUUUGUAAAAUGACAGGAUUUAUUUGAAAAAUUUAUGAACAUCUUGGCUUUUAAUCUUUGGAACAUCACUUUGUGAGAGGAUUUAACAUUGGGGGGAGAAUGACCUUUAGUUGUAAUUUAAAACAUUUUUAAACCAACUAAGCAUAACUAUACGAGCUAUUGAAAAGAAGGCAUACUUGGGUAAAACUUACUUCAAAGUACUUGUGGAGCAUUGUGGACUUUGAUGCGUAUUCUUAGGCAUCCUUAAGUCCUAUCAGAAAUCUGCUUCACUGUCCAUCUAAUGAGAAAAAAAAGUGCUGUGAUUUGAUAUUCUUAGAACUAAAUGUAACCUAAUAGAACCACAGAAGAAAACUAUGCCGAAAAGAUAUUUGGGAGCCAAGUCCAUGUACUUGAAAAGCAAUCAUGGAAAAUGCCUUGGCUCCUACUACUGGCGUGCUGAUCAUGAGGGGUAGCUUACCCACAGAAAUAAAAAAAAUGAUGAUUCUAGGUAUUCUCCAGUUUCUAAACUUUCAAUAUUUUGAGCCAAAUGGCAUCUGAAAUUGGAGCCUUUGGUGAUGGGAACAACUUGUUUCCAAUAUUUAAGUAAAACACAUAUAAUUUUCAAUAGAAAGUAGCUUAACUCAAAUCUAUACUGUUUAUUAUCACAAUUCCAGUAUUUUUUAAAUGUUAGUGCUUAAACAUUUUUAUGUUUGUUUGUUUGUUGACACUUUUGAGCUUCAUUACCAACCCAUAAGGUGGAUGAGGCUGAUAAUACAUUUUGGAUGAAUAAAUGGAGCAUCAGAACAGUGAAUACAAUUUGCACAGCUUUGUAUCGUAAUUGGUAGAAUUGCAGCCAGAACUAUGAUUGUUAGAAACUACAGACUAACAUGCAUGCAAUAGAUGUUUUCUAAGUAAAUAAUUUCCCACCAUUGCCUUCUAUAUUGUUUUAUAUCGUUCUGAUUUCCAUAAAUUAGAAGACUAUUUACCUAUGAUCCCACAGUAAGAGUUGGUUUAAACUGAGAGGGAACGUGAAGUUACAAACUCAGAGUGUUUGCUAUUAGAGACUUAUCAUCUUGCAUAUAUUCAAAGUAAAAAAAAAGGUU